GGGGGGGCAGAGGGAGGGAAGCAAGAGACCAGUCUUUUGGAUUUCUCAUUAAUUCAGUGUGGCCCUCUCUUUCAGUUUUUUAAAGCCCGCCCACUGACCAUUAUCAGCCUGGGCCUUAUAUAUGCAGCCUGUCACUGUUGUUUGUGAGUACACACACUUUCCACAGCUCAAACCUGCAGCCGUACAGCCCUCACUGCCACCAACAUGAGAGAGUUCAAGAGCAAGGAUUUCUGGAGGGCCGUCCUGGCCGAACUGGUUGGCAUGACCCUUUUCAUUUUCCUCAGCCUGGCCACAGCUAUUGGAAACACGAACAACCUCAACCCAGACCAGGAGGUGAAGGUGGCUCUGGGCUUCGGACUGGCCAUCGCCACGUUGGCUCAAAGUUUAGGCCACAUCAGCGGGGCCCACCUGAACCCUGCUGUCACCCUCGGGAUGCUGGCCAGCUGUCAGAUCAGCGUGCUCAAGGCUGUCAUGUACAUCAUUGCCCAGAUGCUGGGUUCUGCUCUGGCCAGUGGCAUUAUGUAUGGAGCACGUCCAAGCAAGACUGAUGCACUGGGGCUCAACGCUGUAAGUGGAACUUUUUAUUUCACUGUUUUUUAAAAGGACAUGAGACAGUGUGCGCUUCUUUUACAUCCCAUGUUUUGUAUGUAAAAGGUUUUUGUUGCCUUAAUUUUAACCUGAAAGUCAAAACUGAGGGCUUUAAAAAGAUGCUAGGUUGGCACUGUAAGCUUUGGACAUUUUGUCAUUGCUGAAUAUUUAAUAGUGAUGACAUGUUGAUUUAGCACAGAACAUUGCAGCAGCUGAAUGAGUCUGCAAAUUAAAACAUGCAAUGUCAACUUUUUGACAUUACCCUUCAGCUGUUUUAGUAUUAGUAUAAACUCUCCUUUUCUUUGAUUAUCUGUUGUGUUGAACACCAGCUGACAUAUGUACAAGCUUAAGAGGGUCAAGAUGAUAUCUGCUCACUGAGAGAAACUGCACUACUCCACACACAAACAAACCACAGUGCAGGAUACACUGAAUAACAAUGAUCAGGUCUUGUGAAAAUUAAAAUUGAAAACUGCAAUGUGUCACUUUAGAGGCUCUGCCAAAUUUCUGUCAGCCUUCAAGGACAAUAGUGCCAGCAGCAGCAGCAGCAGUGGUGGUGGCUGCAGCAGCUAAAUGGGAAGUGGUUGUUAUGGGAAACAGUCCAUCUGACCGUCACAGACUUACAAACUGUUGUUGUUUUGGAUUUUCGCAGCUCAACGGUGUCACUCCCAGCCAAGGCGUGGGCAUUGAGCUCCUGGCAACCUUCCAGCUGGUGCUGUGUGUCAUUGCAGUCACUGAUAAAAGGCGGCGUGAUGUCACCGGAUCAGCACCCUUGGCCAUUGGCCUCUCGGUCUGCCUUGGGCACUUGGCAGCGGUAAGUUUCAACCCUCACAACUAAACCCCAAUACAGCGUAAUGCGUAUAUCUGCAAACAAACAGCAGAUAUGUUUCAGCCCCAAGAGUAACAGAAUUCCAUGCCCCCUUCCCUCUUUUUUUGUGCUGUUUCAGUCCCUUCUUACCCCUGUCUGUUUCAAUUAAACCAGCAAAGCAUGUAGCCGAAGAUAUCCUCUUAUGUUGUCUUUUUUUUUACCGAUUACAGAUCAGCUACACGGGCUGCGGCAUCAAUCCCGCUCGCUCCUUUGGUCCAGCUUUGAUCCUGAACGAUUUCACAAACCACUGGGUGAGUAGAGACAGAGAAGCUCAGAGGAUUUUUCAGCUUACAUGCAACAUGUGGAGCUUCAAUAAUUCAUUAAGUAUAACAGACAGAUGACUCACGAGUUAGUCAGCUGUAGCAUUCCUGUACUUUCAAAUGAGUAGAUCUGAGUUAUUGACAAAAAAAGACCUUUUUAAACUGCUUUGUCUGUUAACAAUGGCCCGAGAUUGAUCAAAGUUAUCCAUUGCAGGUGUACUGGGUUGGACCCAUGUGCGGCGGAGUAGCAGCAGCCCUCAUAUAUGACUUCCUGCUGUCUCCAAAAUUCGACGACUUCCCUGAGCGUGUGAAGGUCCUUGUCAGCGGCCCAGCUGGCGACUACGACGUCAACGGAGGCAACGACACUACAACUGUGGAAAUGUCAUCAAAAUAAUACCCCCACUGUCCCAGCCACUUAGUUCUACUGAACAUGUUUAUACUCCUGUAAAAAGAAAAGAUCUCUUGAAUGUAGUGUAGUGUUUUUGUGCUAUUCUGAAAUACCAAUGAGGAUUGUGGUAACGGGUCAGUUAGCAUCUCUUUCUAACUCACUCCUUGUCUUUGACCCCCCGCACACUUUUAUUCAAACUACCACUGAAGCAUACGAGCCGAGGUUGUGAGAAUCUUGACGGAGCAGUGUGUUGAAUUUUUUCCCAAUAUCAGUAUUUCUUGAUGAGCCAUGUUUUUGUAUACUCUAUGUACUUUGAUCACUUAUUUUUUUCUGAUGGGUAAUGUAUUAUAUGUACACUCUUGAAAUGUCUGUCACUUUUUUAAGUAAAUAAAACACUUGUUGUUAACAAUGGUUGCUUUAGGUGUUUUGUAGUCAUAUAGUCAAGAUAAAUAUUUGCUUUUUUAUGUUAUAAUUAGAGUUUUUCUCGGACUAUAAGCACAAAGCACAUGCAUACACAACCUUUGAAUAAGAUCUAUUAAAAUACACAGGUAAGUACAUGGCCAGAUUAACCAUUUAUAGGGGCCUGGGGCCUAGAGGACCCCUUUAAACCCCUCUGGUCUUUUGUGUACUUACUUCCUGUGUCCUUCAAAUACGAUGCACUCACUGCACCAUUGUUCACAGUGUGUAAUUUUUGUUACAACAAA